CAUGCACCCCAUGUCUGUCGGUCCGCUGAUCAGCUCAAGUUCAUCGAUUUGCACCCGGGGCGUCAUCAACAUCACAACCGUUAGUUGCCACUUUCAUAACGUAAUCGCGAGCGGAGGUGAUUGGUGGUGUGUUUGGUUAGUUCUAGAAAAGUAAGGGUCGAGCGAAUCGAAAUGUCCAAAAUCUAUAAUGGACUGGUGGCCGCGGCGGAUCCGCUCGUUCCGGGCAUGCUGCGACCGUUGUGGAACCAUCCGGCUGGACCGAAGACGGUGUUCUUUUGGGCACCGAUGUUCAAGUGGGGCCUGGUGCUGGCCGGACUGAGUGACCUUCGACGACCUGCGGAUCAGCUGUCGGUGUCGCAGGCAGGCUCGCUGGCUGCGACUGGGCUCGUGUGGUCCCGCUACUCGCUGGUGAUCAUUCCGAAAAACUGGACGCUGUUCGCGGUGAACGUGUUUGUGGCGGGGACGCAGAUCGUGCAGCUGUACCGGGCCUUCGACCACUCGCGGAAGCAUCCCAAGGUCGAAAAGUGAGACGAUUUUUGCGAGUCGAGUUUAGGUGUUUAAGACUGUGAUCGAAACGAAAUUGUGUGUAAAUAAAACGAAAUUGUUUUUUUUUCUGUAAUAUA